UUUGUAAGAAAACAAUGAAAUAUUGUGCAAAAAAUAUUUAAGUAAAAAUAUCAUAAAAAAUACCAAAUUUAAAUAUCUAAGAUUAAGUUUCGACAUAAAUUUAUAAGAUAAAAAAAGUGAAAAAAAAAAUCAACAACACAGCAAAAACAGUAUUUACUACAUGCGAUAAAAAAAUCAAAUCAAUAAUAAAAAUAAAUCCCAAAUAAGUCUUCCCUCGCCAUCAAAUCUAAAAUCAGGGGAAGACACAAACAGCAACGUGUAGAAAAUUAAAACCGAAAAGAAAAACAAAAACAUGUUUAAUGUUAAAAUUAAAGUUAAGGAAGGCAAUAACACAUUGCCACGCACCAAACGAACAGCAGCAGCAACAACGUCCAUAUUAAACAACAACAAUAGUGGCACCAUGAGCUUAAAUGGACGCAACAGUCCUGCCACUUCCAGUCUACGCAGCUCUUUGGCAUCAUCGAACCGUAGUACGAGUAAUUCACUUAAACGCAAAGAUAAACGUGUAAGAAUUGUCACCACUUAUAUGCCAACCAGCGAGAUAGAAUACCAGCAACAGCAGCAGCUUUUAUUGCUGCAGCAACAACAACAGCAGCAGCAAGAGCGUUUAAGACAAUAUGAUGCCCUUGAUGGUGUCACCGAAUUGCGCCUGGAACAGUAUGAAAUUCACAUUGAACGUACCUCGGCUGGCCUCGGCUUAAGCAUUGCUGGCGGCAAAGGUUCAACACCAUUUAAGGGUGAUGAUGAUGGCAUUUUUAUAUCACGUGUCACCGAAGGGGGUCCAGCCGAUUUAGCCGGCCUUAAAGUUGGCGAUAAAGUUUUAAAAGUCAAUGGCAUACCCGUCGUUGAUGCUGAUCAUUAUCAAGCUGUACAAGUGUUGAAGGCCUGUGGUGCUGUCUUGGUUUUAGUUGUACAGCGUGAAGUAACACGUUUAAUUGGUCAUCCUGUAUUUAGUGAGGAUGGUUCAUUAUCACAGAUUUCUGUUGAAACACGUCCCUUGGCGACUACCAUUCCACAACUUCAACAGCAACAAACACAUGAAAGAUAUAUACCACCUCCUUUGGAAAUUUUACCAGAACAUCAAGAGCAACAUUCACAUGCCCAGCAGCAACAGUAUUCGGCAACAAAUUUGCACAAUUAUCACGCAAAUGUAUUUACCACACCAGGAACAGUUACAGCAGCGGCCGCAACAACGUCAGCAGCUUUUCAAGAACCACAACAUGUUGGCGAUGUUGCAACAACGACAGCAGCAUCAACAAAUGGCAUUUUUGAAAAUGGCAAGGAUGGACCAUUGAGUUAUAUAACGCUGCAUACAACAUUAAUACGCGAUCAAAUCGCACAGGGUUUGGGCUUCAGUAUUGCUGGUGGUAAAGGCUCUCCACCUUACAAAGAUGGAUGUGAUGGCAUUUUCAUUUCACGCAUAACUGAAGGUAGUCUAGCGCAUCGUGAUGGUAAAAUAAUGGUGGGCGACCGUGUAAUGGCUAUUAAUGGCAACGACAUGACAAAUGCCCAACAUGAUGCUGCUGUUCAGUGCUUGACACAACCACAACGGUUUGUACGUUUAGUCUUACAAAGAGAAUACCGUGGACCAUUGGAGGCUCCUCUAAGUCCUCACAGUCCAGCUGUAUUGAAUGCAUUAAGUCCAUCAGGUUAUUUAACUAAUCGCCCUGCCAAUUUCAAACGUUCCAUUGGUGAUAUGGUUGGAGAACAGCAGCAGCAGCAGCAACAUCAACAACAACCACAAACUUAUCAAACACAACCGAUUCAAUAUGACACGAAUAAAAUGAUGACCUCAACUUUACCAACUACAGUGCCUGCUACCAAAACCAAUGGUUUUGCCAACACUAACAUACCAUAUCAACAGCAGCAGCAACAUCAACAAAUUGAUAAGGUGACUGGCCUACCUAUACCAGUGCCAGCACCACGUCGCUCUAAUUCGAUACCUUUAGGUGAUGGCCCAGAGGCAACAUCCGCCUCAACGACAUCACUCACAACCGUUUCUUCCCCCACUUCAACACAAAACGGCACAAUACCUCAUCAUCCUUCGGCUAGCUCUUCGUCGGCAACAAACUCAUCAUCACAACCCACCGCCACCACCACAACUGGCACAACAACAGAUUCAACUGAAACACAGCCCACACCUUUAAGGCCUUUGACGAGUGAAGAUUUUCAGGCUAUGAUACCGGCACAUUUUCUAAGUGGAGGUUCUCAGCAUCAAGUGCAUGUGGCCAAGCCAAAUGAAGUUGGUGUAGCUGGUGUUACUGUUACCGUCAACAAGGCUGUUCCUGAUAUGCCCAUGUUCCCAGCAGCUCCCACCGAAUUGGGUCGCAUUACCGAGACGAUAACAAAAUCGACAUUUACAGAGACUGUUAUGACUCGAGUCACCGAUAAUCAUUUAGCGGAACCCCUAAUAAGUGAGGAGGUUAUAUUGCCUAAAAAUCAGGGUUCAUUGGGUUUCAGCAUAAUUGGUGGUACCGAUCAUUCAUGUGUUCCUUUUGGCGCUCGAGAGCCGGGUAUUUUUAUAUCACAUAUUGUACCAGGUGGUAUUGCUGCAAAAUGUGGCAAAUUGCGUAUGGGUGACCGUAUUUUAAAAGUUAACGAUUCCGAUGUCUCACGUGCCACUCAUCAAGAUGCAGUGUUGGAAUUACUUAAACCGGGCAAUGAAAUUAAAUUGACAAUACAACAUGAUCCAUUACCAGCUGGUUUCCAGGAAAUUAUCAUCAGUAAAACUGAUGGUGAACGCCUUGGCAUGCACAUUAAGGGUGGCCUUAAUGGUCAGCGUGGCAAUCCAGUCGAUCCAACAGACGAAGGUGUAUUUGUUUCAAAAAUAAAUUCCGUUGGUGCUGCUAGACGUGACGGAAGGCUUAAGGUUGGCAUGCGUUUGUUAGAAGUGAAUGGUAACUCCUUAUUGGGUGCCACACAUCAAGAUGCAGUUAAUGUUUUACGCAAUGCUGGAAACGAUAUACAUUUGGUCGUUUGUAAGGGAUACGAUAAAUCCAAUUUAAUUCAUUCCAUUGGUACAGCUGGUGGCAUGAGUACUGGCUACAGCAGACAUGGCUCUCGUGCUUCUGAAACUGGUUCCGAAAUAAGCCAAAGUCAAAGUACAUCCAGUUUAGAUCGUGAUGAUGACGAACGCUUAAAACAUGAUUUGGAAGUUUUUGCUGAACAAAGUAACGAACAACCCACGUCAGUGUUAGCCAACGUUGCUGCCAUGGCUCAUUCACCCACCUCAACAACAACAACAGCACAGGCAGCAACAUCAGCACCAACAGCAACAAUUCCGGUAGUUAAACCUACAGAUGGUUUAAAUACAGCACAACAACAUCAUCAUCAGCAGCAACAUGAUGUUGCUGCUGCCACUGCUGUUGCUUUGGCUCACAAUACAGAACAGUCCUUGGCUUCCACUAAAGAAAAGAGUACCCCUGAAAAAGUUUUGGAAAUUGUACGAGCUGCUGAUGCAUUUACUUCCGUACCACCCAAAUCACCAUCCGAACAUCAUGAUCAGGAUAAAAUACAAAAGACUACAACGGUUGUUAUAUCAAAGCAUACACUAGAUACAAAUCCAGCCAUACAACCGGCACCAUCAACGGGUAACGCACCAACAUCACCCACAUCGCCGUCGGCAGCAGGAACAUCACCUCAGAUUUCAACAGCAACACCUUCGCCCGUUUCACAGCCCCAGACACCACAGAUGGAGCAAAGUGCUACGAAAUCGAGAGACCCCCGAUUUGAAUACAAACAAAUGGUCGAUAAUCAGAGUAUAGAAAAAGAAGAAGUUAAGGUUGAACCAGUCUAUAUAAUUGAUGAUGACGACGACGACAACGAUGAUGAUGAUGACAACGACAGUGAUGAUAAUGAGGAUGAUAGUGAUGAUGACGACGAUGAAGAGGUUGAACAUGAAGUGCAAUCCCCACAGGAUACGCUCACGGAACAAAACGAAACGGAUUCCGACUAUUUUGAAAAACCAAGACCUGCUGGCAGAUAUACUAGCGACUCGGAAAGCGACACCCAAAAACUGAAAUUUCAAACAGCCUCAGGACGAAGUACACCAGAUUUGUCAUCAUCUGCUUAUGGUGGUCAUCAUCGUAAAUCGGUUAGUUUUGAUUUGAGUGGGGACGAACGUUCCAAAUCAGAUUAUGAACGCUCCCGUACUCCUGAAGGUUAUGCAUCUCGCUAUUACGAUUCCGAACAAGAAUAUAACCCCUCUAAAGCUCGCAUGCCACGCAAAGGUAUUUUGAGAUCUGCAAGUCCUUCAUCCUCCAAUAAUUCCUCGUUGGAAAAGAAACGGCCAGAUAAAUUUCCAACUCUAAUACCCACAGUGGCACGUAUCAAAGAAAUCGAUUCGCCAACAUUGCAACAUGCCACCACAAGAUCAGCUUCACCUCAUGGUGUGCCAAGCAGUUCAAGUAGUGGCUAUCGUAGUCCCCCACCUCCACCUAUCGAAAGUGUAAAGUUGCCUACCGAAAUCGAACGCGAAAAUCCAUUCCGUGAUGCAUUUUUAGAUAAAAAUCGUACCGAUGAUGAAUACACAGAAAUUGCCAAGGCCAUUUCGAAAUCUCCGCGCUCUCCAAAAGACGGGAAUUAUUUCUUUGGUGCCAAAUCUGGUUGGAAAUCCAAUGAAGAUCUUUUACAAUCAGAGAGAACAAGUGGUCGCAGUACACCCUGUACAGUUAUAAGUCAACAAUCAAAAUCCACUGAAAACUUAACGAGUCGUCCCAAAAAACCGCCUCCAACUCUGCCAAAACCUAAAGUGAAAAAGGCAGAUUUAGUGAAAAAUUUCGCAUUAGAAUCAUUCCAAAAUGCUGAUGUUGGUCAUGGUGAUUUUGCAGUAUUUGAACAUGAUCCAAAUACUAAUGAAAUACAUCAAGUAUCUAGACCUACCACACCGGGUCCGUCCACUUCUCCGAGCCCGAAACUGCCCGUAAGGGUUAAUAUACCAAGAAGUCCUUCCAGACCAAAAGAAAGUCCACCACCGCCACCGAUUAAUUUCGCAACCAUGCCAAAACUUCCACCAAAAAUGCAACCCUCCUUAAUUUCCGCUUUUCACGAAGAAACGCAAUAUAUGGAAGUGCUACCACCCUUACCAUCAAUUCCACCGCUAAUAGCUGCUCCUUCUAUAGACGAAGUGCCACCAUCUCAAAGACGUCCUUCAGAUUUUAUUCACGAAAAUUCGCCAGAUAAUAUUUUAGUUUCCGAGGAAGAACAUCGUACCAUAUUGUUGCAGGAAAAUGAGCUGCGCAAUCAAUUACGUCGAACGAGUAGUAAAACGCAAGUACCAGAAUUAGGAGUGCCGCCAGAGCAAGCUCCUCCGGUUCCAGGUAGCCAGUACAGCAGUAGUAGCAGCAGUACGAGCUUUAAAUAUUUGCAACGUUUGGAACUAUCAGCGCCCAGAGUGCCAACAACAGCAUCAACCAUAACACCACACCAUGAUCCCCUCUCGCCAACACAAAUCUUUCCCACAGCUCAAAUUUUGCCGGUACAGUAUGCCAGCCUACCGCAGCCACAACAACCCAGUGCUGCUCAUGUCAUACCGGCCGGUCAGCCCAUAUUUACUCUGGGUGGUGGUUAUGUGUUGUUGCCACAAGCUGUUCUAACACAGGGAACAACCUCUUCCGGCCAAGUAAUCAUAUCACAGGCGCAACAGCAGCAACUGCAGUUGCAACAUCAUCAAGUCCAGCAACAGACGCCACAGUUGCACAUGCAUCAGCAACGCAUAGUGAUUUCACCUGCUGAUUCAACAAAGACAUCGUCAUCUACAACAACAACAAAAGUGCCUAAAUCGGUAUCCGAUAAAAAACGUUUCUUUGAAUCUGCCAUGGAGGACCAACACAAGCCCACACAAAAAACAGACAAAGUUUUUUCGUUCCUGUCAAAAGAUGAAGUUGAAAAACUAAAACAGGAGGAAGAGCGUAAAAUUGCAACAUUACGCAGUGAUAAAAAGAAAUCAAGAUUAUUGGAUGAUGCCAAUAGCAAAAUUGACAACAAAGAUGAUGAUGACAACCAUGUCGAUGACGACAAUGAUGAUGAAGAUGAUUAUUCCGAAGAAGACGAUAAUGAUGAUGAUGCUACAGAUGACGACGAUGACUACGACAAUGAGGAUGCAGUUGAUAUGCAUCAGCAGCAACACAUUCAAGCAAGAAAUGCAAAUGACAGUAUUGAUGUUUUACGUGAAACCAUAAGUGACGAUGAUGCCGAAGACAUCAGCAGUAAAGUUAUAAAUCCGGCUAAGAACUUAAAGCCAACAGCAACAACAAGCACCAACACUACCAGCAAGGGUUCUAAAUUAAAAGCACCAACUGUAAGAAUAAAAGAUAUCAAAGUAAAGGAUGAACCUAAGGAAAAUUUAAAAUUAGAAUCGUCGAUAACGAGUAAGACAACUAAAAAGGUAAUAGUAAAACCAAAAACAACAAUCACAACAACUACCAAGGCAACAGCUAUACCAACAACAACGACGACGACGGCAAUAGCUGUGACUAGAGAUGAAAAAGAAUCUAAGAAAAUUCUUCGUAUUAAGCCCCAAGUAACACAGGUGCCAUCAGAAACAACAGCAACAACAACAACCUCAUCAACACCAGCACUAGAACAAACAAAGAAACCUUCAUUGUUACCAAAACCAAAGGUUAAAGUUGUAAUACCACCAGCUCUAUUACAAAAGCAACAGCAGCAGCAACAACAACCACAACAACUGGAGCAUUCUCAUCAACAGGAGCAACAAUUCGAACAAGAUGUAGACGUUACAGACGAGCAAGAACUGCUAUACAAUGUUGAUGAAGAACAUGAACCGGAAGUUGCUGUUUCACCCACUAGUCGUAUACCAGUGCGUACAGCAAAUGCUGAAAAACGCGCCUUAUUGGCAGGCAUCACAUCUUCCUACGAAGAGACGAACCCUUCUCCCUCAUCUACCUCUAAUUUGAAAAAAAGCAAAGCUAUGAUAAAUGCUGAGAAACGUGCUUCAUGGCGUGCUGCCCGUUUGCGUUCUUUGGAAAAGGGUGCUGUCGAAGCCCAAACUGUCAUACAAAAUAUGACCAAAAUAGCCGAUGAUCUUUUGACUGAAACUCUACCCACUGAGCAGGCAAAAAAGAUUGUUUUUCCAAAAAUUGCCAUUAAGUCUAGUGAUGGUCCGGUCAUAAUACGUGAACGAGAAAAAAUACUUGAUGAAAAAAUUGUACGACGUACCGAAGAGGUGCCGUGUCCCAUAACAGGACGACCUCAAUUGCGUACGGUCGAGUACAUAGAAAAGAUCAUCGAAACUGAGGUGGAAACUAGUCGAGAGAAGAUAAUCUCAUUAGAGUUGCAGGACCCAGAAAAGAGCGAUACACCAAACGCAUCAAUAGACUUCAUAACACAGCAUGAGGACGUAAAAAGAAAAGUAGGUGAUGAGGAAGAGGACAAGGGACGACAAGUGGCUGCAGUAAAUGAACAACAUAAUCAAGAGCAGAUGAUGCCACAACAACAGGUACCACAGUAUAUGCAGACGCAGGUGUCAGAAGAUGACAAGCACGAGAAAAGUAAAGAAAAACUACAAUUGCCUGGAGUAACGGAUAGAACAUUAGUGGAAACAGUAGAAAAGUUGCACAUUACCCAGAAAUUUGAAAAUACUAACGACAGUAAUAACAAAGAAAUGGAAAAAGAACACCAGGAGUACUUGGAAAAUCUUAAUGAUGAUACUGAUGAUGGAGCAGAAGAAAGAGAAGAUAUUUAUGAUGAUGAGGAAGAGGAGGAAACAGAUUCUGCUUCUAUUGUAACAGUGCAACAGAAUACCGAAAAACUAUUUUUGCGUAACGAUGAUGACGAGUUUCCUUCAAUUGAAUUAGACAGUUUAAGUAGUGGUGGUAUAUUUGGACCUUCUUCCCUGGACAGUAUAGGCUCGUCUACAAAAGUGAGUAUAAAACCUUCGACCAUAACAAUGCAUCAAACACUGGCAAAAGAAGUGGUUUUACCGACAACUACAAAGAUUACGACUACCAUGAAGACCACUCGUUCAAAAGCAUAUCAAGGAAGGGACGACAAGGAAUACGAUGAUGAUGAUGAUGACUAUGACGAUGAAUACAAUGCAGCCCAUACAACGUCAUUAACACCAGCCACAACAACCACUACAAUGACAACAAGAACUCAAAGUAUAGUUGAAGUUGUAAAUCCUUUAAUCACGGGUGAGGGUCAGGUUCAACGCAUCGCUUUCAGUCGUUCCCAUCAUAGUGACUAUCCCUCAUUUGAUAACGAUGAAGAUGAUGAUGAUGAGGAAGAUUUUGAAAAGUUGCCUGCUUCGCUGCAAGUUUUGCGCAGUGAAACUUUUGUUUUACCACCUUCCAAAGGACGUGAAGAACUUUCUUUGAAUGCGAAAAUGAAAAAUGUUUUAGAAGAAUUGUUGGAAAAUGAACGUGUGAAAUACAAUUUGCAAAAAAGCCUUGAAGAACAAGCCAAUAAUGAAGAAACUACUAAGCCAGCUUAUGGAGAAACUGAUGACGAUGACGAACGAACAAAAGAUGAAGUUGACUUCUCUGUCAAAGAAACUUCAAGGGAUAAUAAUGGAAAUCGUCAUGUUUUAAAUGCCUUAAUUAGAGACAGUAAUAAAAACACAUUGCAAAAACUACAAAGUCAAUUACAAAGCCAAACUAAUGAAGAUGACGAUGAUGACGACGUAGAAGAAGAUGAUGAUGAAGAUGAAGACGAUGAAGAUGAAUACGAAGUAGCCGAAGAAGAAGAUGACGAUUCGGAAGAAACUGAAGAAAGUGAAAGUAGUGAUAGUGAUGAUGAUGAAGACGACGACGAUGACGAAACCAUACAUAUAACUUUUGUUGAUGGUGCCAAAGUUAUUGAAAAUUUCAAUACAAAUACUCCCAUGAAAUUGCAAAAAUCUCAAACUUACAAUACAAUGAAAGAGGCAGCUGAGGCCAUGGCUGAAGAGCCUGAAGAAAGCCAAACAUCUGUACAAGAAAAACCAACAGAAUCUCAUCAAACCCUAGAAGAAGAUACUCAUAUAACUUUAGAAAAAUUAUUGGCCGAGCAGCAAAAAUAUGCUGAAAUUUCAAAACAAUUACGAAAAUCCGUAGAAAAUUUAUUAAUAGACGAUGAUGACGAGCGUGAACCGCAGGCCACCACCUCUACCAUUACAACAACCACAGAAACCUUAGCUAGGGAAGAACCCCAACAAAAACCGAAAACGAAAAGAGUAAUGGUAACAAAGAAAUCAUCAAAAUCCAAACCCAUGAAGCAACACACCGAUGACACUGAAACGGGAGAAGAAAUUUUCAAUCGUUUAUUACAAGCUGGUGGUUCACGCAAACAAAUGUUCGACCUAGAAACCGAUGAGACCAUAACCAGUUCCACAACCACCUGUACCGAAGACAACGGUACAAUCAUAACGACCACCACAACAACCAUAUCAAAUGUUGCAACUAGUGGCAUACCACGCACAACGAAACACGUCGAAAAGGUAGUUAAAACUCAAACAAAUAAAAAAUAUAAUAGCAAUAAAGACGUUGACGACGCCGACGACCAUAGAGAUAGAGAUAAUGAUGGAGAGGCAUAAAAAAUUUUAUAUAUAACGGUUUAUGGUUGUGCCUUCCUUUUUAUCUGUAGUGUGCCCAGCCCAUCCCAGCAACACCCAUGACACGCACUACAAAUUACCUUCAACCCCUGGUGGAAACAAGAUGAUGGUGAUGAUGGUACGGGAUUUCAGUAUUAGGGAUUUUAUUUCUUCCUUUUUAGUUCCUGGUUUGUGUUUAAAUGUGUUUUUUGUUUCAAUUUUGGGUUUUUAAUUAAAAAACAUUUGCUGUGUUUGUCAUAAGUUGUAUGUUCGUAAAUUUUUAGUUUUACGAUAUUUAUAGUAAGUAAAAUUAAAAUUAUUUUAUAUACAUACACAUAUACAGUUUGUUUAAGGGAAUAUUAAUCUAAAAAUUAUGUAUGUGAUUAAGGAAACAUCAUAAAAUUGGUAUAACUAUAUACAUUUUGAUGAUAUAAAUAUUUGAAAUUAAAUUAAUGUUAAAAAAUUGGUAGUUUAUAUUACUUCUAUUAUUUUCUGUCUCGCAAAUGAAUAUAAUUUGAAUAACCGAUUAUCGGCCGGUCAAUGUGAUUUCAAAAUCGCGAGCUCGCUUUUUUAAAUUGCCUUCAUCCAUAAAAAAGGAUUUUCUUCCUAAAGGUGUGUUUCCUAUUUUAGGCGUAACACUGUAUUUACCGAUCACAUCGAUUAAGGUGACUAAAUACUAGGGUUGUCAAUUAUUCGUGUUUAAAAUUAUUCGAAUAAAAAUGUACUAUAUUUUUUUAUUCGAGUAGUCGAUUAAAUUUUAAAAAUUAUUCGAUUAUUCGAACGAAUAACGAAUAAAUGUUUUUAUUCGAAUAAUUUAAUAAAAUAUAAAUAAAAUUUGCAAAACACCUUCAAAAUCUUAAAAUAAAACGGUUUUCGUACCUACGCUUAUAAAUCAGUAACUUAGCUGAAUCUCAACCUAUUCAACGGAUUUAAAAGUGGAAGCUGAGGCCUUUAUAAUGAUAUAUACGAUGUUUAGCUACCCGUUUUGCAGACAUUUUUACAAACUGUUUUAUAUAAGAAAAUCGUACUAUUUAUUAAUGUAUUAGAAACAUGCCACUAUCGGGCCCGUUGUGCGCUGCUUUUCAUGGAAGAAAAAGGUUUUUUGGUAAAAAAACAACAUAGUGUCGACUGAAUGUAUUAUCUUUCAAUGUUCUGAAACUCAGUUUCCUGGCCGUAAUUCCUAAGAAUUUCUCAAUCAGUGUUCGAGAGAAAUGUUCCGCUUGAUCAAGACAUUCUAUCUGGGCUCAGUGUUUCAAAGUUUCUGAUUGUUUAUAGCUUUCCAAUGUGUCCAAUAUACAUUGAUGGCGUGUCCUAUAACUGAUUUUGGACAUUUCACCUAAAGUUAUGAACUCCCUGUUGUAGUUAUAUAUUACACUUUUUGUCCAAAGAAGUCAACCCGAUUAUUGAAUCAUAAGCUAGAAUUAGUCUAAUUACUCUUUAAUAAAACCAAUGUUUUAUAGUAGGACUAAGACCCCAUUUCAUGCCUAUAGUUCUCCUACAUAUCGCCCAGGAAACAGGGUUCAGUAUAUUUAGAAAUUGUUGUCUUUCUUGUAAAAAGACAGAUACUGAAAAAACCAUAUUAAUUAUUGUUUAUCUGUUUCACUUAUUGCAAACAUUAAAAAAAUUUAAGAAUAUCACUUUUAAAACUAGAACCAUUUUAUUUUUAACAUUGCAAAACAAAAAUUUUUAUAAACUGCAAAAAGUAGUAAAAGUUUUGUUUCAAUUAUAACAUAUCUUUAUAUUUAGAUUUGUUUUACAAAAUAUUAACAUAAUUUCAAUGCUAUGUAUAAUAAAAUAUUCGUAAAAAGUAACAUUCAAAUAUUAUUCGAAUAUUCGAUUAAUCGACAAAAAUUGCUCGAAUUAUUCUUUAUUCUAAAUUGGAAAUUUUUUAUUCGUUCGAAGAAAAACAAAUUUUUUUCCUCGAUUAAUCGAAUAAUUUUUAUUCGAAUGACAACCCUACUAAAUACAUCAAAUGGAGAAUGGAACUGAAUACAACACACUCAUUUUGUCCUAUAUAGCUCUGCCUAUAAUCGGUUUGAAUUUCUCAAAAGUACUCCUGAUUUAUAGAUUAAUAAAAUCCAAAAAAAUUAACGUCAAAAUUUAGUUAAUUUUAUUGAUUUUACUCCUUCAUUAAAAAGUAAAAGUUUCUGAAAACCAUUUAAUUUACUGCCCAUAUAGAUUCAUAUUGAUUGAUAAUGGGUUGUUGUCAAUUUUAAAUUAAAUUAUAUCAUUUUGUUCUCACAAAUGAAUAAUUAUUUUUUUUUUUUUCGUUGAAUAAAAAUAUUGAUUUUUUUAAUUCUUAAAAAAUAAUCGUUUAUUAAACAAACAGUUUAAUUAAAGUUUCUACUUAAUGAACAAUUAGCGGAAAUUAAUGCAUGUAUGCGUUUUAAUUUUUCAAUUUUGAUUUGUGGGAAAAAUGAAUAUUUGUUUAAAAAUAGUUAUGAGUUAAAAAUUAGCAUGAACCAGAUUUUUUCAGAGUAGUCCGAUUGAAUGUAUUUAUUUCAAGCGAAUAAACACAUAUAUAUAAUAUAUCGGCAAAAACAAGGAAAGAGAUCAUACAAAUUGAAAAUGUGAUGUUUUCACCAACCGAAACUCUUCACUAACUAAAUAUAAUCUCCGCCAGUGUUAAAUUUUUCACAGAGAUACAGAAAUUAACUAAAAAAUCUUUAAAAAAAACUCAGGACAAACAUUUUUUUUACCCAGUAUAAACUUCUAAAGGCUUUAGAUUAGGCCGAGGGGAAAAUUAUUACAUAAAGUAAUUCAUUACAUGGUCAAUUACAAUUACACACUUGUUAAGUGUAAUUGAUCAAUAAUCAAUUACAAUUAUUUGAAAUUGAAUUAUAAGUAAUUGUAAUUAGAAAUUCUUCAAUUAUGAUUACUUGUUCAAUUAAACAAAACAGUUAAAUUACAAGUAAUUGUAUUUGGUAAAACUUCAAUUACAAUUACUUCAAAUGUAAUCAUUACCUCCCAAGCCUGCCUUAGAUUUAUUCUAUACUAAAGUUUAAAAAUCCUCGUUUUUGAUCAUAUUUGAGACUUUAUUACAGCGUGAAGUAACUUUUAUGAUAUUAUUGAGAAAUUCUGAAGAAUUCAAUGCACAUUAAUCGACAUUUUGAAAGUUUUCAUGGCUUCAUAUGUAUUUCUGUACCGAUGCUAGUAACUCUCAAAAAUGAUUAAAUAAAAACUUGGUCCAUAGUGAUAAAAUGCAGUAUAUCUAAAAAUAAGCAUUGAACAUAGUUGAAAUAAUAGUUGCUGUUAACUCCUCGGGACGAUUAAAGCUCUGUAUGAUUAUAGCAACCAUAUACAGACGAAUGUAGGGCUUGUGGAGAGGAUAGUGAAACUCUGCAGCAUUUUCUUUGCCACUGUCAGGCAUUCGUCGAAAUUAGAUUCAAGUAUCUUGGAAGUGAUGUUAUUACGGAAAUAAAUUCCUGACUAACACUGAUUGGAAGAUUCUUAGGAAUUACGUCCAGGAAACUGAGUUUCUGAACAUUGAAAAAUAAUACAUUAUUCAUACAUAAUACAUUCAGCUCAACAGGCCCGAUAGUGUUUUAGGUGAAUUUCUUCGGAUUUGAUGUAGUUCACAUCCUCCUAUCAGCCUAACCUAACCAUAUGAGUAAUAAUAUUAAUAUUGAAUAUCGCAUGUACAUAACUUAUAUGUAUAUUUUGUUUAAAUGUUUAGAAUUAAAAUUUUUAUUGGAAAUGUUAUAACCGAGUAUAUGUAUUGAUAUGAAACCAGUUGUUAUGUAAAUGAGUGUUAAUCAUAGUAAAGUUUCGAUAUAUUAUAAAGGAAAGACAUUUCAAAGAAAUUGUUAUGCUAAUAUUACGACUACUAUUGUAUUUUUUCUUUUUUGCCCACCACUUAUUCAUUGUUUGUGAGAAUUUACCGAUAAAAACAAAUAUUUCAAAUAUUUAUUUAAAAUUAAAUGACUUUAUUUAUUAAUAAAACAAUAAAAAUAUUUAUUAAAUACAAAUAAAUUAAUUAUACAUUUAAUUAAAAUCAUGUGCAUUUAUACCCCCUAUUUAGUUUA